AAUGACAAGUUGACAAGUGAAAAGUCCGGUUUGGUCCGGUUGAUGAAAAAGAGAAUUCAAUGAUCAAUUUUAAUAAAGCCACUGACUUAGAAGUAUAUCUAUAUCUCUUUGAAUAAAGCUAUAGAAAACAGCAAUGGCCUUUAGGGAAGGUGAAGUUUGUAGAAUUUGUUUAGGCGUUAAUGUACGCAUGGUUGUACUAAAGGAGACUGGCCUACAAAAUGUGUAUAGGACAUUGACGAACAGUUUUUUGGAUGAGAAUGAGGGGCCCAUAAUUGUCUGUUUCACCUGUCAUGCAAGACUCAUUCGUUGCAAAAGAUUACAACAACAGGCUAUUGAGUCAAAUGCAGUUCUGGAGCAGUUUCUUGCAGGAGGAUCCAUGUCAAUACCAAAAGCGCAUAAGGUUAGAGAUGAGAUUCAAUUCACACCAAUUUAUCAUAUAGAUAUCUGGCCUGUAGAGUGUGAUAUAGAAAAUGAUUGUAAGGAUGAAAUUUUUUGCCUUGAUGCCGUUAAAGUUGAGGAAGAGAUUUUUGAAUAUGAGAAUUCCAAAUUGGAAGGAAAUGAGAAUCAUGAAACAGAACCAUACAUCACACCGGCAAAUAAUUUUUCAAAAUCCUCUGAGAGCAAGAUUAAAUCAAAUUCUACUGAUUGUAACAUAAACGAUGUUCAUAAGGGAAACCUCGAUUUAGAGAGCCCUACUAUUAAAUCAAAGCUUAAAGUGAAAAAAGAUAAUCAACCAAUUAAUAAAAAAGGAAAGCAUCCUGCAAAGAUUAUGAAAAAGAAAAUUUUGAAACGAAAGAGUGUAAAUAUACUUACGAAAAAAACGUCAAGGGCAUCAACAAAAUACAUUUUUGAAUGUUAUGGUUGUAGCAAAAAAUUUUCAACAAAAGACAUUCUCGCCAAACACAUUUCAUACAGUCAUAAGGUGCAAAAGAACUCAGUCACCACUGCAGUUCGGACACAAGUUGAACAAACUCCAGUACCACAAGUAACGGAAAUAUUUAAUUGUGAUAUUUGCGAAUUUAAAACAUCUCAAAAACGUCGCAUUUUGGCACAUCUUAAAGCGCACGUCGCUGAACAAGUGUACUGUUGUAAUAAUUGUGAUUAUAAAAGUAGUAGAAAAGAUCAUUUGCAGAGACAUGAAAAUACAUACUGGAGAAAAACCUUUUUCGUGUCAUAUCUGUGAAUAUCAAUGUAUUUACAAAAGUAAUUUGCAAUCACAUAUGAAAAUACAUACUGGAGAAAAACCUUUUUUGUGUCAUAUCUGUAAAUAUCAAUGUAUUCGAAAAAGUAAUUUGCAAAGGCAUAUGAAUAUACAUACUGGAGAAAAACCUUUUUCGUGUCAUAUCUGUAAAUAUCAAUGUAUUCACAAAAGUAGUUUGCAAACACAUAUGAAAAUGCACACUGGAGAAAAAUCUUUUUCGUGUCAUAUCUGUAAAUAUCAAUGUAUUCAAAAAAGUAUUUUGCAAACACAUAUGAAAAUACAUACUGGAGAAAAACCUUUUUCAUGCAAUAUCUGUGAAUAUAAAUGUAUUACAAAAAGUGAUUUGCAAAGGCAUAUGAAAAUACAUACUGGAGAAAAACCUUUUUCGUGUCACAUCUGUAAAUAUCAAUGUAUUCGAAAAAGUAAUUUGCAAAGGCAUAUGAAAAUACAUACAGGAGAAAAACCUUUUUCGUGUCAUAUCUGUAAAUAUCAAUGUAUUCGAAAAAGUAAUUUGCAAAGGCAUAUGAAAAUACAUACCGGAGAAAAACCUUUUUCGUGUCAUAUCUGUAAAUAUCAAUGUAUUCACAAAAGUAAUUUGCAAACACAUAUGAAAAUACAUACUGGAGAAAAACCCUUUUCGUGUAAUAUCUGCAAAUAUAAAUCUAUUACAAAAAUUAGUUUGCAAACACAUGUGAAAACACACAAUUGAGCAGAACCUUUUUUGUGAGAGAUCUGGUAAAAUACGAGUAUGUGCAAUAUUAUGUAAACGUGUUUUAUAUAAAUAUAAAAGUACACUAG